UACGUGUCCACAUUGAAAAUGAAUUGGAAUUGCUUAUAUUUGGCAAUAAUAAGUUGUCUAUUGCUUUUGAAUAGUGUAAAAGCUGAAAUAAUAAAUAAAAAUGUUGAGAGAUAUUUGGAUCUAAGCUCGCAGCUCGUAAAAACAACAAUAAAAAUAAACGCUGAAGACUCAGCCGGCGUACCCAUAAAAGAGUACGUCUUUACUGCUAAGGAGGCAAAUAUUGCUUAUAUAUCGGCAAAGGAUGCUUUAAAUAAUGAUCUCAAAUUACGAAAAGAGCAAAGUAAUGAUGAUCAGAGAUUUGUGCUUACUUUUGAAAAAGCCUUGCCUAAGCAAACUAUUCAAAUUGAAACAGUCUCAGUGGGAAAUGUGAAGCCAUACCCUGAAGAAAUCAAGCAAAACGAGAAGCAGUUGGUCAAAUAUGCCGGCUUAUUGUAUUUAUAUUCAAAGUACAAAACGGUGACGCAGAAAACACAGAUUAAGCUGAGCUCGUCAAAUAUUAUAUCAUACACUCAGGUGAAACCGUUUUCGGUUUCUUCUAAUAAAAUAAUAUUGGGGCCAUACGAGAAUAUAAAAGCUUUAUCAGAUGAACAGUUGGCAAUUCAUUAUGAAAAUCAAACACCCUUUCUAACAGUCAAUUCCUUGGAACGCACGAUUGAAGUAUCUCAUUGGGGUAAUAUUGCGGUUAAAGAGUCGAUUGAAAUGAUCCACAGCGGCGCUAAACUUAAGGGAUCGUUUUCUCGUUACGAUUUUCAAAAGGAUGGCCGUCAAUCCGGUCAAUCUGCAGUUAAGUCUUACAGAACAUAUUUGCCGGCAUCUGCUACAGGAGUAUACUACCGCGAUAUGAAUGGAAACAUUUCAACGUCUAAUAUGAAUGUUCAACGAGACUUCAUUGAUCUAGAACUAAGGCCUAGGUUUCCCCUUUUCGGCGGUUGGAAAACGCAGUAUAUCCUGGGCUACAAUGUGCCCUCCUAUGAAUAUUUAUUUAGUGCUGGGAAAAAUUAUCAGCUGAAAAUGCGGCUAAUAGAUCAUGUCCAUGAUAAUAUGGCCAUUGAUAAAGCUGUUAUAAAUGUAAUUUUACCAGAGGGAUCUUCAAACAUUGAACUAAUGACUCCAUAUAGCAUUAAAAGGCGACAGAACGAAUUCAUCUACACAUACUUGGAUACUACCGGACGUCCCAUGAUUUCGUUCUCAAGGUCCAAUUUGGUUGAAAACCAUAUUUCAGAUUUUACAUUAAAAUACACAUUCUCCCGAGUAUCAUUACUACAGGAACCGUUUCUGCUUAUUGGGUUCAUAUACUUUAUAUUCAUUCUGACUAUUAUAUUUUUGAGAUUGGACUUUUCAAUAGUCUCAUACCACCACAAUAAGUCAGAAUAAAAGACUACAGAUACAAAAACAUGUUGGAAUUGUAAAAUAUAUUUCAAUCCUGUUUAAAACAAUAAAACAAAUUUUCAACAUA